AUUUGUUUUGUGAUCAUUUGGAAUGAUUAGAUAUUCAGAAAUUUGACGUGUAAAGGGACGGUGAAAUUAUGAUUACAAAUAAGAGGAAAAGAUCGCAAACGUGUUAUUGGAAUAAAAAAAACAUUGAUAACCGAAAACAACGAAUUGUAUCUAUAAAAAUUUGUCUUUGACAACGUUGAGAAAGAAAUGUUACAGCAAAGUAACUUUUUCACGCGUAACAUUGAUAUCAUAUGGAAAACUUUCGUUCGAGAAUCUUCCGACGUUCCCACAAUAUCAUCGGAAAACGAACAGCACUGUUUAAAUUUUCAAGGAGACGAAGCAAAAGAAGCUUACGAAGAAAUUGUAAACGAACGAACCAACGCAAAUACACAACAUGAACAGAAAUAUUGCAAGUGUAAAACUUUUAUCGCUCGAAAUACAACAUCGAAGCCAGUUUUAUCGAAUGAAAAAACAAAAAACAAUCAAAUUUCUAAGGAAAAAGUGUCAAUCAGUGCGAUCUUAAAAGCGGUGGAACAGAAAGAUUUGAAAUUUUUAUCGAGACACGUGACUCGAGAAAAUGUUAACGUAACAGAUGAUUUUGGUUGGACCCCCCUUAUGUCAGCUGCAUAUUGUGGCCAUUUAGACAUUAUAGAGUUUUUAUUAAAUCUUGGUGCCAAUAAAAGAGCCAGAGAGAAAUCAGGCCUUACUGCAGCACAACUGGCGUUAAAAAGAAACUAUUUAAACAUAGUUGCUUUGCUUAAGAAAAAAUCAGAAUUUGCAAUUAACAAAACACUACCAGAAACAGACAGAAAUGUGUCAAAAACAAAUGUCGACGGUACAUUUCAGAUAAGAUCAGAGUUACUAGAACCUUUGACGGAUUAUGGUGAAACCUUAUGCAAAGGUAAUGAUAAUAUAGAAGAAUGUUCCAACGAGGAUACAGGAUUUUAUUGUAAAAUUUGCAAGGUUAAUUUUUAUCAAACAACUUGGAAGAAGCACGAGACAUCUACACUUCAUAUCUUCAAUAUGAAACCAAAAAUAGCAAGUACGAUGUAUGGAAUAUCGAAACAAAAUAAGGGUUAUCAAAUGCUUUUAAAUUAUGGUUGGGAUGAACAAGAUGGUCUUGGUCCUUCUGGAAAAGGACUAAAAUAUCCCAUUAAAACCUGUUUAAAAUUUGAUAGAAAAGGACUAGGUCAGUCGAAUGAAAAGGAAUACAGGGUGACUCAUUUUAAACCUGGAGAUAUAACAGCAAUUAAUGAUUUUAAAACAUCUAAACAAAAAUGUUUAAAAAAGAAAGAUAGAGAAAAAUUACUCAAUAGAGAAGUUAGAAAAGAAAGGGCAUUACGUAUUGCUUUGUCGUAA